CCUCCCGGGAAAUAUAAAAGUAGCACAAAAUCCACUGCCAUGGUUUUGGGAGAUAAUUUGUAUGCUGCCACAAAUUUAUGAAACAGUUACUAAUGCCCUUUUGUUACAUGUGAAGUGCUGAAAAUAGUUCAGAAAUCUCUCAUGCAGGACAGAGGCCUAGAGUUUAAAGCGUUAAGUCAGCUCUAUCAUGAGCAGAGGCCCAGUGUUUGGUAGAGACAAGAAACCAGCUGAAAGAUUCACUUUGCGCAAUUGAGGACAAGGGCUGAGACUUUUAUCUCAUGAGAACUAGCUGGUCCUUACAGAUGUCUAAAAAAAGACGUAGCACGAUGAAACCGUUGUGAGAACUGUUGACAGCAGGUUUGAGGUAGGAACCAUGGGGGGGGGGACUGGUUAGGCAAUGGGCAGAAACCUAAAUUUGCCUGGGGGGCAAGUAGGAAUGACUACAAAACAAGUGAAAUUUGUUUUUAUUUAAAUGCCUGGGCAUGGAACAUUAGUGAGUAGGAAGGACAAAGUCAUGAGGUUUCUAGCCUGACUCAAGCCAAAGUGGGAGAAGGGAGAAUCAGGUGACUUGGUAAAGGGGAAAGCCCCGGGUUUCAAUUAGUACAAUCAUGGAAUCAUGAGAUGUUAAAGCAGGAAAAAGACCUUCAAAGUCAUCAAUUCUAGUCCCUUUUAGGAGGGCAAGUAAAGCAAAGGGAGUGAGAUGCAGUCAGGGCCCUGAGCAGGAAGAGCAAUAGGGUCAGGAGAACCCAACCCUUCCUGCUCUACUGUCGAGCUCUGUACAGUGAUUCUCAAGUUCACCAGGACUUGACUGUAGCUAAUUAGAACAAAAAUAAAUAACGAUUUUAAAAAAGCCCUCGGCUCUUUUUCUCCUAUUUUGGGCAUUUUCAAAAUACAACUAUUGAGGGUCAUUUCUUUGCAGGAUGACAAAUUAUGUGUGAGCUCUUUCCAAGGAAUAACAGUUGGGAGUAAAAUGUAGCCACAAAGCCACAAAACACCGUCUUCCCAUCUAUGUCCCGACCCACUACGUCAGAUUACAGCUAUUUUUUUUUUUUUUAAAUCACAGUUCUUUUCAAACCGAAGUGGACCCGCGUCCAAGGGACGGAUUCCUGCCUCCCGGCAGCAUGCCGGAUCGCCGCUUCUCCUCUCCGGGCACAGCAGAGAGGACGCGGCUAGCUCUUCCGUGAUCUGGCCAAGCGGUGUUUGUUCAAUCCUCAGUUAUAUGUAAAUUAUCUUCAAAAGCGACGCCGAGCCUCCUCUCUGACUGGAUUACCUCGCGGAGAAUGUCUCGGUCUCCGCACAGUCACAGCCCGGUGCAGGCACCGAAGCAAGGCCCUGGGCCAACGGCGCCGGCCGGCGGGGAGGGGAGAGCGCAGACGGUGCGCAGCGACGCGGCCGGCUUCUCCCUCACCCUUGACCAGACGAGCAGCUCUCUUUGGGCCUAUGUCCUUUGAAACCAGGACUCUAGACUUCUUCAGAGAAUGCAAGAUUCUAAAAUCGAACACGAAAAGGUACAGCAAAGGCAGAGUUACACUCGGCGUGAGGGAGCAAUUGACUUCCACCGCCGGCGCUCCGCAACGACGCCGCGGGGGUCAGAGGGCGGCGUGCGCGCCCCCGCAGAGCCCUGCGUGCGCGACUCCGUGGAGCAGGCCUUCGCGGAGCGGCCAGGACGGGCCAGUGGGCGGGGCACAGCGGGGCGGGGCUCGGGAGGAGGAGGAGGCCGCGGCUGAGGAAAGAAAAGGCGGCGGCCCGGCAGCGACCCGGAGAGGUACGGCGGAGGCGAGUCGGCUAGGGACUGGGUGCGGGCGUGGGCGGCUCCUGACAGCGCAGAGCGGCCGGACCCGGUGGCCAGAGCCUGGGCCGCGGUGCUGCCGCGCGGCCGGCAAUGGGCCUUACCAUGAUCGGUGCUGCACUUACAAUGAAAACAACCUGGUGGAUGGUGUUUACUGUAUCCCGAUAGGACACUGGAUUGAGGCCACUGGAGAGACCAACGAGAUGAAGCACACGACGGAUUUCUAUUUUAACAUUGCAGGCCACCAAGCCAUUCAUUAUUCAAGAAUCCUACCAAAUAUCUGGCUGGGUAGCUGCCCUCGCCAGGUGGAACAUGUAACCAUCAAACUGAAGCAUGAAUUGGGGAUUACAGCUGUCAUGAAUUUCCAGACGGAAGGGGAUAUUGUCCAGAAUUCCUCAGGCUGUAACCGCUACCCAGAACCUAUGACUCCAGACACAAUGAUUAGACUGUAUAAAGAAGAAGGCUUGGUCUACAUCUGGAUGCCAACACCAGAUAUGAGCACUGAAGGCCGUGUGCAGAUGCUGCCGCAAGCCGUGUGCCUCCUGCACGCACUGCUCGAGAACGGCCACACCGUGUACGUCCACUGCAACGCUGGGGUGGGCCGCUCCACCGCGGCCGUGUGCGGCUGGCUGCAGUUUGUAGUGGGCUGGAACCUGAGAAAAGUGCAGUAUUUCCUCAUGGCCAAGAGGCCAGUCGUGUACAUUGAUGAAGAGGCUCUGACGCGGGCACAAGAAGACUUUUACCGGAAGUUUGGGAAGCUUCGUUCUUCCUCAUGCAGUCUGUAGCUGGUCAUCCUGCCUCCCCUUCCUCUCAGUUUCUUAAGGAGCCUGAGGUUAUAUGAGUCAAAUGACCUAGAAACAAAGAUCUUACCUGAAAGGGUCUGUGGGCGUUCGCUCCUGCUCCAGGCUGCCCUUUCUUCUUGGGUUGUCUCUCUGAAGUACCUUACAAAUGAAGCUAUGGCUGACACAUGAGAAGACACCAAAGGCUGGAAAAGGAUGUAUGUGGUCCCGGCUGCUGCAGGCGGAAGAGUCCCUUGCUUCACAAGUGCUGACUGCACUGUGCUCUAAUUCAUGACAGCACUUUCUUGUUGCAUUGUAGCUCUCUGGAGUGCAGAGGAAAAGACACCAGGUUAUAUGGUUUUCCUCACUGCGUGGUUACAUGUGUAUACAUUCACAUGCACCCAACACACAGACACACACACAUGCACGCAUGCGCGCGCACCCCCCCCCCCCCCACUGCUUUUUAUUGAGCUGAACUGAACUAUAGUCAUUUCCCAAAGCAGGGAAUAAAGGUGGAAACCUAAGAAUAUGAUAGAAGCUCAACAGGAGCAGAGUUUUGCACUGGCUUUGUUUUUGCCUUCUGUUUCUUAAAGUCUACUUCUAGGCAUCCCCUCCCUUAUCCAUCCACAGCCCAGUGGAAAACGUAAGCCCUGUUUCGUUUUAAUUGAGGUUUAAUCAACACAGAUCGCUUGCUCAAAGUCUUAUGGCUACUCAGAGAUGAACUGGAGUUGUAAAUCGUGUUUAUUUGACUCGGUGCUGUUUUUAGUACAGCUUGUUUUUUCUGCUGACAGCAGUGAACUCAGUUUUGUCCCUCUCAGGAUAAGAUCGACCCCUGCAGCAGUGAGAAAUGGAACAGUGUUCUGAUAAGUUGCUAAAGAAUUUAGAGCAGUAAUUCUUUUUUGUGCAAAUUAAUUUAAACCAUGGUGAGUUAUCUCAAGGCCAGGAGCUGUAUUUUUAAAAGAGCCGAAAUCUGCAGGUCAUUGUUCCACAGCCUCAGUCUGAUCCUGGUUCAGUCCACAAGUUAGCAUGAUACACAGAUACUGUGCCCCAGAACAUUCAGCUCGAUCCCCGAGAUUCUACAGGAAAUGCUAAGAAGAGCAAGACUUUGCCUUUUAAAGUACACAGCCCAGAAGCGGACCAGCUGUAGUGUAGGACUGCAGGGAACGGUCUGGUGGAUUAUAAGAUGGGAAAGUAUGUUUUAAUUGAGUCCCUCUGUGGGCUAUGAGGUACUCUACCAUUUUACCUAGUUCCAUCUUCACAAUACCCUGCAAGAGAGAUUUCAUCAUCUCCAUUGUUCAGAUGAGGGUGCUAAAGCUCAGAGAGAUUAAAUCAGCUGUCCCUUGCCACAUGCUGAAUAAAUGAAAUGAGAGACAAAGUUGGUUUGUCUGUGUCAAAACCUACGGUUUUGAAAAUUGAGCUGUAGUGCUUACUAAGUUUUCUGUUCUUCUAAAAAUGUAUACUGACAGGUAUAAGAGACUGUGAUUUAGGAGGGAUGGGGAUAAGAGGACACAGACACGUUCCAAUAGAGCUCUAAUUGGGAGGAGGUGUCUUGCAGUGGUGGCACUCUGGAAGUGACAUUUUCUUGAGUCAGAGGAGUCUGGAAGGGAAACAUUUCUCCUAUGUUAAAAUUAUAAGCUAGCAUUGAGUUUUGGAAAGUCCAGCUCUCUUCCAAAAAUAGCUAGAAAUAGAUCUUAUAUUCAAGAGCCCACUUAAGAUCAUUGUGUCAAGUAAAAAUAUAAUUAAAAAGAAAGUAUUUUAACUAAUAUCUGUAAGAAUGUGUGUGUGAGAUUCCUUAAUGUCUAAGAAAAAUGCUAUGUAAUUCCUACUGAAGAGUGGGUUUUUUAGGUGGAUUUUCUUUUUCGUUCUUUUUUGCUCUGAUAAAUAGAAUCAGUUUAGGACUAUUAAGGAAUGUUUUAUGAUAACCUCCCUUAUUUUAAAAUCAUCUGUAUUUUUUGCUAAAUAAAAAAAGCAUUUAAAAAAAUCUCUGUGAACAGUUUGUUAUCAUCUAAUUCUAAAUCCAGAAGAACAUCACUGAGUUUUUUAUUUACAAAUAACAGUCAGCUGAGCUAAAUUAUCUUUCCUUUGUCACGUUCCUGUUUCAUUCAACUGUACAAGUUGGCAGUUACAUGACAAUGACGUCAGAAGUGGGAGCACCACAAGAUGUGAGGGCGAAAACUCCAGGAAUGAGAAGGAAUCAAGUCUGAUACGCUGAUCUUACCUGUUUAUUACCUGUAUAACAGCACUUUUUGGGGGAGGGUACUGAGGACUGAACUAAAUGUGGUUCUAACACUGAGCCACAAAUUAAGCCCAUCAGAACUUUUCAAUCAGAGUCUUCUCAAAGAAAAUCAUAAGAUUUGUCUCAUGGUAAGGACGUAUCCAGAUUGCAUUCUGUCAUGGCUUGUUUCUAGAUGUUCCCCCAGCCUUGCACUCUAGGUGGGGCUUUUUGGACAUGGCUGGGUCUGGGGUAUGUGAUACUGGAAUCCAGGAUUUGGUGCUUGGAUUGAUUCAUGGUACAGUGCUAGGAUUGAGGCUGCCCCACCCUGGAUGUGAGUUCUUCCUGCUCUAAGGGUGGGCAGCCUGGAUAGGAUAUGAGAGACAGACAGACGGACACUGCUUGCUUCUUGAUGCUGGCUACUUUCGUUGUCUUCUGCCUGCCAUGAGCUCUCUCUCCUCUGUGAUGCCCCUCUGCCAUGACAGCCUGCGUUGGACUGAUUACGGACUGAAACCUCUACAUACUGAGUUAAAUAAACCUUUUUUUCUUUUAA